AUGAAGCCAGAAUAUCGUAUCUUGUUCGCUAUGGUCUCCCCUUCGACGGCGGACUCGGUCGCGUACUUGAAGUCUCCUCUGCUCGUAUCCGCGGCCCGGCACGCUGAAAAACAUGGUCGAUAUCUGGCUCUCGUAUCUGUCGAGGCCCACGAGCCUGAAAUGCCAGCUGCAGUCUAUCCGGUGCUUGCCGUAAAUGGAACGGAAGCGUUGCCGAGGUUGUUCAUUCCGGUCGCAUCCCCCUGUGGCCCUCGCGCUAUCAUCGAGCCUCGCUUUCCCUGGCGCCAUGGCCCUUGUGUUGUCGACACGUCCAAAGCAUUCAUCAUCCAGCCUGUCUUCGAAUCUCCCUUCGCACAGGCUGAGUCGCGCAAUUUCCUCGACUCGACCAAUGCCGAUCCUGCUUUAGCCUAUCUCGAUGAGGACAUGUAUGUCUUUCGAGAUAUAGACCAGGAGGACAGACGUGCUGGGAUCGUACGUGAGAUGGAAGAAGCCGGCAUUGACACUGCUCUCGCAGAGGCGCAGUAUGCCUAUUGGACCGACUUCAACACGUAUAACAGUACAAAGGCUUGUCCUGCUCCCGGGGAAUGGAGCGCUCCGGCUUGGAUUCACGCCAAAGUCAGCUUCGACGUGGAAUCUGUGCUGGAACUACCACCCAGCACUCGACUACACGAAGAGGUCAAGGACGUAGAGCGGUGGGUUUCGCUCUCGACGUCCUUGCAAUCUACUCAGUAUCUCCAGCGCACGAGCCCAUCUUUCCCGACCAAGCACAACGGCGGUCAUGUUUUGGAGAAUGGCGCAGGUUCCUUGUGUGGCACACCAGAUAACCCUCGAGGGGAGGAAGUGAAAGACCUCGAAAACGCAGUCUUGGUGGAUCUAUGUGCUGCUCUCGUGGAUGACGACCUCGAUCCCGUAGAGGAGACUCCCAUGGAACUCGACCCCGACGGAUUUCCUCUUUAUCCCGAAGGGGAUGAUCUGGACUUCGCCGAAAUGUCCGGUCUACCAUUCACAUCCAAAGGUUUCGACCGUCUCCCGCCGGUAUCUCCGCCCGACAUCCAGAUUGUCUACUUUGACCUCUACGGAACCCUGAUUGACAACGAAACAGGCAUCUACAACGCGCUAGCUCCUUCGUUAGAACUGUCCAUCCACUCUCUCGAUCGAUCCCAGGCUCUCUCGCUCUACUUCGACGUCGAAGAUAAUCUUAAGCAACGAUGUCCCGGCUCAAUCUAUUCCGAAAUCCUGGCGAGAUCGUACGGUGAAUUUUGUUUGCGACUCGGACUAGACUCGGACCCAGUUGGAACGGCCAAUUUCGUCGCAUCGUUCUUCGACUGGCCCCUGUUUCCCGAUGCUAUAGAGGCUAUGUCUCGACUCAGACCGGGUCUGCUCGUUCUCGCCGGUGUUGUCGAUGUCGAUAUCCGAACUCUUUGCAAGUGCAAAUCCUUCCAGGCGUUGCAACCUUACUUCACCGAGCUCUUCACUUGGGAUGCUGUGAGGUGUUACCGACCUAGCCAGCACUUUUACGACAUGAUAUUCCGAUAUCACGACAAAUCAAGAAUUCCGCGUGCGUGUUGGACAAUGAUAUCCAGCAGUUUAUUUCGCGAUAUCGAAUCGACGCGACCAUUCGAUGUCUCCGGCAUGUGGGUCAAGCGUCCCGAGACGCUCGCUCGCAACUUUCAGGAGCCAGAUGACGGCAUUCCUUACGCGUGGGCCGUCUGCGACGAUGUUCUGGAUGCUGCCUCGUUCCUCCUUCGGAACCGGCAAUAUGCGCACAGCUCUAAGUGGUUGAUCGCUUCGUAGGACUCGUCAACUGUUUUGAUGCAAUGCGGAGGGGAAAAUGAUACACCUGACUCUAUUUCUCCGGUGCCCGCUCGCCCAUGAUUUCGAUGCUUGUUCUACGACUGAUUAUUCAGCGCGUUCCAUGCGGGGCUUGAGAUUUUGAAUGGGCCAGAAGACAGGUAUUCAUCUUUUGUGUGUACGGUGAGAAGUAGCGGUUGAUGCGAGCUUUUUUGGACUCUUGCCGUGCAUUACUUGCGUCUAGAUGACAGAUUGGCACCCGCAGAAGCUUUC